AAGAAGCUGGAAGGUGCAGAGGGGGGGUCUUUUCUCCCCGGAUUACAUUGAUAAAGACACGGCAAAGCUCCCUGCUUGGGAAUUUCCCCUCUAUAAGUGGAUUAAGCUGGAGGGGAAGGUGUGUUUGGGGAGGGAGGAGAGGAAGCAGACCAGGAUUUAUUCUUUCUGUCAUUGAAAAAAAAAAGGAAGAAAGAAAGAGGGAAGCUGCUGGUUGUGACUUCUGAAACAGAAGGUCAGAAAGCCCGGGGUUCCCCUCAUAGCGCACACACCCUGUAAACUUUUAAGCAGCUCCAUGGAAACUUGUUAUUAGUGCUGCAGUCAUUAAAAGGCGCAGCCCACGGCAGAUUUAUUAGCUCAGUAAACCACAACACGUGCCAAGCUCUUCGGAAACAAAAGGGUCUGUCAGCUUUAGUCCUCUUGCUUCGCAUUUGAGAAGGCUGGGGAGGAGAGUAGUGAGGAUGGAGCUGGUGGUGAGGACAAAGUUGGUGGCUUGUGUCGUGGGGAAGUGGCAUUGCCUCCGUUAACCGACGCUCUCCACCACGGUUAGCGAGUGUAAUUUGGUGGCAGCGGAGACACUGGAGCACGGCGAGCUCUGCUGAGCUCACGCUGCUCAUCGCGGCAGCGGAACGAACAGCCCCCAGUCUCUCAAAUGGAAAGCUUUCCCCGUGUGCCUGCCAUGAUAAAUCAGCUGCCGUGAGCCUGAAUAACAGCAUUCACUGAAGUUACAGUAGGAAACUUGUCUGGGCGGACACUGUGCCAUUGCUCUGCAGAGAGCAGCCGGUGCCGAUGGCUGGCGUUGCGCUGAAAUAUCGCAUUGAUCGCCGCUCCAAGGGUCAGCUGGCAGCACCGGCUUACUGCAGCGGAAAAACAUUCUGUGCUUCCCCAGCCCCACAGUGAGCAGCCGUGUGUGCCACCCCAGUGCUACACAGAGCUGGGAGAAAAAAGGUGAUUCUAUAUUUGAAAACAGACCCACAGUGUGGAGCUGUAGGGUUCCCUCUAGAUCAAUCCUACAUGUCUUCUCUGCAGCCUGCAUGGUACAAUGCAGUUCCUGGCCUGGUUCAAUUUGCUGCUUCUCCUUCCUUGUUUUGGUAUGACCAAAACCUGCUUCCCCGGCUGCCACUGUGAAGUGGAAACCUUUGGUCUCUUUGACAGCUUUAGUUUGACCAAGGUGGACUGCAGUGGAAUAGGCUCACAUAUUGUUCCUGUCCCAAUACCUCUGGAUACCUCCUACUUGGAUCUAUCAUCAAACAAACUGGAAACAAUAAAUGAAUCAAUGCUUACAGGCCCUGGAUACACCACACUGGUGAGUCUUGACCUGAGCUACAACAAAAUUGCCAAGAUUUCCUCCACAACCUUCUCCAGGCUUCGGUACCUGGAGUCCUUGGAUCUGAGUCAUAACUCUUUGGAAGUCCUUCCAGAAGACUGUUUCUCCAGUUCUCCUCUAGGCGACAUAGAUUUGAGCAAUAACAAGCUCUUGGAUAUAGCUAUGGAUAUUUUUGCAUCAAAAGGCCAAGGAAAAUCCCUGAAUGUGGAUCUAUCCAAUAAUAUGCUCAGCACAAUUACAAGGCACCAUAAAAAGAGCAUCCCCAACAUCCAGAGUUUAAAUCUUUCUGGAAACAGGCUAACAUUUGUGCCAAACCUUCAAGGCAUUCCUCUCCGAUAUUUAAAUCUUGAUGGGAACCCUCUAGUCAAGGUUGAGAAAGGAGACUUCACAGGGCUGAAAGAUUUGAUUCAUUUAUCCCUCAGUGGCCUGCGUGGCUUUCAAGAGUUAUCUCCUCAUAGCUUCAAGGAACUCUCAGCCCUUCAAGUUCUGGAUUUAUCCAACAAUCCCAACUUGAGUUCACUGACUGCUGAAAUUAUCUUUGGUCUGAACUCCCUACAAGAGCUCAACCUCUCUGGGACAGGUGUGUUGUCCUUGCCAAAGACUGUGCUGAAAUAUCUGCCUUCCAUCAAAAGCAUCACCUUGGGGAAGAAUAUACAGUGUCUUAAGACCAUCAGAGAAGGACAGUACCACAGACAAAUUGGGCUGACCAAAAAAGAAGUCCUCAUUUGCCAUGACAGCCAUGGGUCCAUAACAGCAGCACCUUAUGUUUCGUGAUGAAAGCUGAGAAGAAGGGGUGGGACAGGGAGGGUGGAGGGCCAUGGGAUUUGUAUAGGUGUUGGACUGAGAUGGCUUGCAGUGUGCCUUUUGUAAAACUGUCAAUAAUUUAUAUAUUUGUAUAUGCCAAUAGUUAGUUGAUUGUGCAUUUUAUAAACUCUCAAAUCUUGGCCCACAUUAUCUGCAGGCUCCAAACUUUACCUGGUGCAUUUUGGUCCUGCACUCAUCAUGUUGGCCAAGAGCAGUGAUGCUGGACAACAGGGGCCAAGCUGCUCUGCAGGUCCCAUAGUAGAACAAUCAGUCUAGAGCAAACCUUCAUGCCUCAGACAUGUUUGUAGGAGCAAAGCUACAUCUCUCCAAAGCACACACCAAAAUGUACCAACUCUGUAGCUGCUUACUUACAAACCCAUGCAUCAUCCUUUUUUUAAUUAUUACUCUCCAAAAUGUGCCUUCUGGAUGUUGCUCUCAUUAGCAGCACCCUGUUCUUUUUCAUGCACUUUCAGUCUUGAAGAAACAUUUCCAGACAAAGCUGAACACAGGGUGCUCCUAAUGUGCUGGGUUUUACAUGUUAUUUGCAUAGGUGUGCAACAAAAGCUAAGUCAAGAACUUUUCCCACAAGGUUCUCCCUCUUUUUCCAUCCUUAUCCUUUUCAUGUCUAAUUAAAUUGGUUCCAGCUUUGGCAACCUCCUGUCUUUUUAACCUCAGCAAGCCAUUGCUCAGAAAUUAUGUGCAGCAGAGGAAGGGAAGCAGAGGGGUCUGCCAACAGCCAUAUCUCAUCCAAGAACCAGCCUUCGAUGAAGGAGGUUGCAAAGGGAAGAGAUCAGGUAGCCUAUUUUAGCAAAAAAAAAAAAAAAAAUCCCUCCUCCCUUUCUGGGAAAGCUUGGAAGGAAGGAAACUUUGACAGGGAUUCUUGUCUUGACAACCUUAUCAAACCAAGAUGCAGACCUAGAGGAUAUGAGAGUAAGUUAUUUCCAUGCUGACAUUCCCUAUCUGAACACCACAUCUGCUACUCAUCUGGGCAUAUGUGAGGCAACUUCCAGUACCAAAACGCUCUUGAGAAUGUGCCAGGGGAAGAAUUAGCACUGAUGUCGGUGACCAUGGAGCACUUUGCUUAUCAGAGAAAAGAUCUUGGGGUUUUUUUCCAGAGUUGUGGCUUUUCUUUCUCUCACACAACUACUUGGCUGACAACCAAAAUCUGAUAAAAAUCCUGGUCCUCAAAGAUUUGAUCAUUUUUCACUCCACUGUUGAAAUGCUGGCAAAGAAAAGGGGAGUCCCUGUGGACCUUCUUCUCCUCCAGGCUCGGAGAAAGUGGGAGAAGGCAGCUCAGCAUGACUAAAUGCCACGUGUGAAGCCUUCAAAUUGUUUAUAGGAGCAAUGGAUGUGACUGCUGAGGUCUGGUCCACAUCUGGCAUGCUCUGUCCUGGGGGAUGGGAAGGGGUGUUGUGAAUGGGGUCCUGCUCAAACCGACCUGCAGUUUGAUCUGUAAACCCAGCCUUGCAUCAAUGUUUGAAACUGAUACAGGGAGAUGGAUGUAAAGGUGAUGCAGAUAUAAACCCAUCUCACAACUAUCCUUUGGAGUGUUGGAAGAAGCUCAGGUUUCAUCCUCACAGGCCCAAUGGUCUUUGCAAAUGGAAACUCUGUUGCUCAAAACACCUGACUUCAGGGAUGGUUCAAACCCACUGACUCCACAAAAGUCAGAGUCAAUGCCUCACUUUGGAUACUGAAAUCUGUCUCUCACAUUUCCACCUAUGUCCAUUUCAAUAAUUUGUUUGGAGACCUUAGGGUGGGAUUUUUACCCUUUCUACUGGGCCUUAGCAAUGCUCAACCAGCAUUCACAGUCACAGAAAACACAUUGAUUUUCUUAAAAAGGCAAUGGGACUGCUUAUUGGCAGAGAUCUGAAAGGGAACAGGAACCAACUGCACUGCAAGAUGGGGGCAGUUUGUGAUGAAAGAAGUGGGGUUUUUUAGUUGAUCUUGCCUUUUUAAGAUAAUUCUUUUCUGCUGGCAGAAAAUGUAUUUUUUUAAAAAGAGAAAUUUUUUUAAUUUUUUAAGUCUGUACAUAGAUGAAACAUUAGGGGUAUCACCUACUGUCAAAAUUACUGUCUUUUCAGUGCUGUGGUAAAUUUAAAACUCAAUGUGACAAUCCAGUUGAAGACUGCAAGAUUUCCUUGUAUAAUCUCACGCUAGCUGCUAGCUAAACUAGUCUUAGCAAAAGCUAGCAGAUACUGUCGCUGUGUAAGUUUGUUUUUUUUAAAGAAUCUCUGCAGCAUUGUAAGACUUUGUGAUUACUCACAAUAUAAUAAAGUGGUUUGGAGGAGAAUAAA